UAAAAUUUUUAUUUGAGAACCAGUGGUUAUCAAUAAUUUUGCAAACAAAACAAAAAUGACUUCAUCUGUGAACACCUUUGUUUCCUAUCAAACACACAGCAUGUCCUGACUCUUAAGAGACCCACCACUGGGUGCCAUCUGUCGGAAAUUUCUGGAUUAAAUAGAUAAGCGUUAGUAUCUGUACAAUGAUCAAUCUACACCUGAUAGACACUGUAAAUGUCACUCUAGACUUUGCACACCAUUCAGUUUCUAUUCAUAUUCAUGAAAACACUUGUGUUUUUGGGUUCUACUGCCUGAAGUGAAAUAUUGGGGAUGUGACUGUGCUUGAAAUCGCAUGUUAAAAGAGACCUGAUUUUAUUGAUUAUAUAGGUGGGAUGCUAUAGAUCGUUCCAUGUGUGCUCUGCAUCAGGUGGGAAAACUCGCGGCAGAACACAUGCGACACAACUUAUUGAAUUUGUAUCUGCAGUUGAGUAUGGUGGUGCCGAGGGCUCUGGUCACGCUCUGGUUGGUUAAUGGGGUCACAAAGCUUUUGGCUGGUGCAGUCAUGAGAGUCGAAAUAAAUCGAGGGGUCCAUAUUGGGCAGCACUUUCGCCGGGAUAAAACAAGCCCUAUUUCCAGCCUAUUCAUCAUUUAUUCAAACAGAAUAUUCUGCUCGUGCACGCUUCAAUGGACCCUUUAUGUUUUUUCAGUACAGGGGAAGAAAGAGGCAUAGUCCACAAAGACUGUGUUUUUAACGGUGUUUUCUGCUUUGGUCUGUGCUGCACUCCAGUCUCCUUGCUUCAAGGGCGUCUGUCUUGUAAUGAUCCUGUUUCAGCCCCCUGGGGAAUGAGUAUUAAUGCAAGAAAAAAUUAACAGCACCUGGUCUGGGCAUAGGCAGUCUGGAGGCUUUAAAUGAUGUCUGGGUUUAUAAAGGAUUUGUUUGUAUUUUACAGCUAUAUAUAUAUUUAUUACUAUUACUAUCAGGGUGGUAGUUAAUUAAAACUAGAACUAGUUUGUUACUUUAAGAUAAAAUAUUAUAAACAUUAAGCCUAUUUAGGUUCAUUUAGUUCUCAAGAAAUCAUUUCUCAUUUGCAUUUAGUUUAACUUGACAUACUAAAUCUGAAAUAAAAAAAUAAAAUCACACAGACAGACAUUAAAAAAGCAAAAACUGAUAAUAACGGCAAACGCAAACAAUUACUAAAAUAUAAAUAAAAAAUAAAAUACCAAUUCAAAUUUGAAUAAAAAUGCACACUUAAAUGACACUGUUUACUAGGUUAAUAUUUCAGGUUUAUUAUUAAAAAAAAAAAAAAGCCAAUACAGUUUGUUAAAUAUAUCACAGCCAGGUUUGUGAAUAUUUCUUUCUGUGGGUUUAUUUCCGAUUUUUUUUUUUGUCCUGGAUUUCUAAAUUAAAUUAUAAGAAGUAUUGAAUUUUUAAUAUAGGCCGUCGCCUGAAAGGAUUAGGUUAAAAUUAAACCCCAGUCACUUUUUCCUCACAAGCACAGCACGUGAUGUGAAUAAAAUAAAGACAAAUGGGAAUGAAUCAUCUGUGAUCACACGGGUCAAUACGGCGGCUUGACGGAUGAGGCUGUGCUGAAAAUGAACCUCUGCUCCUAUCCUUUUGUUUCAUGCAGCAGGUUUGCAGGAAACAGUGAGAAAUUGCGCUUUGCUGUCACACUUCCUGCACUCAGCAUCUCUUUUAGAGCCCAGAGUUCAUUGGACAGCCGCGUGGAGCUCAGCUGGAGGCAGAGCUGGUCAGAAUGAACCUGCACGGAGCCAGCGGAGGCGGACCCCUGGACCACCCCAGGGAGAGACGGCGCUCAGGUGACCGCUCCAGGGAUUCUUCACACGAGAGAGGAGAAGGGCAGCUGACCCCCUGCAUCAGGAACGUCACCUCACCCAUACGCCAGCACCUCAGCGACCGUGAACGGGAUUCGGGAUGCUCAUCACGCUCCACGAGUCCCAGGCCUCAGAAAGCAUGCACCUCCAGCUUGUUCUAUGGCGACCCUCACGGUAAACCCCACAGCUCCGACAUGAUCUACGUAUGCGAAAACAUCAAGGAGGGCCCUCGCAGUUUGAGGACCGCCGAGAGAGUCACUCUGAUUGUAGACAACACGCGUUUUGUGGUCGACCCGUCCAUCUUCACGGCCCAACCCAACACCAUGCUCGGCCGGAUGUUCGGAUCUGGACGGGAACACAACUUCACGCGUCCUAAUGAAAAGGGAGAGUAUGAGGUUGCUGAGGGAAUCAGCUCCACCGUGUUCAGAGCCAUUUUGGAUUACUACAAAUCAGGGAUAAUCCGCUGCCCUGAUGGGAUAUCCAUCCCGGAGCUGAGAGAGGCAUGUGACUACCUUUGCAUCGCCUUCGACUACAGCACCAUCAAGUGCAGAGACCUCAGUGCACUCAUGCAUGAGCUGUCCAACGAUGGCGCCCGGCGGCAGUUUGAGUGCUAUCUGGAGGAGAUGGUGCUGCCUCUGAUGGUGGCCAGCGCUCAGAGCGGAGAGCGGGAGUGUCAUGUGGUGGUGCUGACCGACGACGACGUGGUGGACUGGGAUGAGGAGUAUCCGCCGCAGAUGGGAGAGGAAUACUCACAGAUUAUAUAUAGCACAAAACUAUAUCGCUUCUUUAAGUACAUUGAGAACCGAGACGUCGCCAAGUCGGUUUUGAAGGAGAGAGGACUGAAGAAGAUUCGAUUGGGCAUUGAAGGUUACCCAACCUACAAAGAGAAGGUAAAGAAGCGGCCCGGCGGGCGUCCUGAGGUCAUUUACAACUACGUCCAGCGGCCCUUCAUCCGCAUGUCCUGGGAGAAAGAGGAAGGCAAAAGCCGACACGUGGACUUCCAGUGCGUGAAAAGCAAGUCCAUCACCAACCUGGCAGCAGCGGCCGCAGACAUCCCUCAAGACCAGCUGGUGGUGAUGCACCCCGGGCCUCAGGUGGACGAGCUAGACAUCCUCCCCAACCACCCUCAACCAAGCCACCAUUACGAUCCUGAUCCCGAUGCCUCGUCCCCGGCCAUCUGACCUCUCUCUCUCUCUCACACACACACACACACACACACAGACACACACCACUGGAGCACUGCAGAGAGAGGCCAGCCAAGUCCCGCUGCCAAGACCGCAUUGCCUUUCAAGUCCUCUCCCGCCUUAAGAGUCUCAAAGACGAUCGCUGCGGCAGCACAUGACCUUUGGACACUUUGCCUUUCUUUCCCUCAUAGAACUCAACCAAAGGAGUUUUUUUAUUUUAUUUAAUUAGACACUGAAAGUUGAUAAUCACUCCUUUGAUUAGUAUCUGAAGAGAUUGUACUAUGUUGUGGUGCUGUGUAGCUACUGCUGUUUAACUUGGCAAUAAAAUGGAGCACAAUCCACUGGAGCACCCUGUGAGCGACUGCAUCAUGUGAUGAAGGGAGAAGUCACAUGGACCCGUGGAGCUUCACUGUGAUGCAUGGCCUCUGAACGAGUACUGAAGUGAUGUCACAUGGUUUUUAUUGUACCGUACAAUUCAUUUUAUUGUUGUUUGUAGCUGCAGUGAGGCGCAUCAGGAGACGUUCCUCUCGCUUGAGGAACGUUAUUUUAAUAAACCUGAUCAAUCAGAA